UCUAACUAGCAGCUACCUUACUUUUUUUUUUUUUUUCAAUCAAAAUUUCCCUCUCUGUUAUUCAUAUAAAUUCCGUAUCUACCAUCCCCCAUUUCCAUCAUAAAUUUUCUCUCCGUUUCUCUCCAUUUCCUUCCAACUGUCUCUCUUCAGGUCCCUUUGAGCCGAAGCCAUGGCCACUGGACAGUUAUUUUCUCGGACCACUCAAGCGUUAUUCUACAAUUACAAACAACUUCCUAUUCAACGCAUGCUUGAUUUUGAUUUCCUUUGCGGGAGGGAAACACCAUCUGUUGCUGGUAUUAUUAAUCCCGGUGCUGAGGGAUUUCAGAAACUCUUCUUUGGUCAAGAGGAAAUUGCGAUCCCAGUACAUUCUACCAUUGAAGCAGCAUGUACUGCACACCCAACUGCUGAUGUUUUUAUCAACUUUGCAUCUUUCCGAAGUGCUGCUGCUUCAUCCAUGGCUGCUCUGAAACAGCCAACCAUUCGAGUUGUUGCUAUAAUUGCUGAAGGUGUUCCUGAGUCAGACACCAAGCAGUUGAUUGCAUAUGCACGUUCCAACAAUAAGGUUGUUAUUGGCCCAGCUACCGUCGGAGGAAUUCAGGCUGGAGCUUUUAAGAUUGGUGACACUGCUGGAACAAUUGACAACAUUGUUCAAUGCAAGCUGUACAGGCCUGGAUCUGUUGGCUUUGUCUCCAAAUCUGGUGGUAUGUCAAAUGAAAUGUACAACACAAUUGCCCGUGUUACAGAUGGAAUCUAUGAAGGUAUUGCAAUUGGAGGAGAUGUCUUCCCUGGCUCCACUUUAUCUGACCAUAUUUUGCGAUUUAACAAUAUUCCACAGGUAAAGAUGAUGGUUGUGCUCGGAGAGCUUGGUGGACGAGAUGAGUAUUCCUUGGUUGAAGCCCUGAAACAGGGAAAAGUGAACAAGCCAGUGGUUGCUUGGGUCAGUGGAACUUGUGCACGACUCUUCAAGUCAGAAGUACAGUUUGGUCAUGCUGGAGCUAAGAGUGGUGGUGAGAUGGAGUCUGCCCAGGCAAAGAAUCAGGCACUAAGGGAUGCUGGAGCUGUAGUUCCCACUUCAUAUGAAGCUUUUGAAGCUGUGAUCAAGGAAACAUUUGACAAACUGGUUGAACAAGGGAAGAUUACACCCGUGAAGGAAGUUAUGCCUCCACAAAUCCCAGAAGAUCUUAACAAUGCAAUUAAGAGCGGGAAAGUUCGUGCUCCAACUCACAUUAUUUCAACCAUCUCUGAUGACAGGGGUGAGGAACCGUGCUAUGCUGGUGUGCCCAUGUCUUCCAUUGUCGAGCGAGGUUAUGGUGUUGGUGAUGUCAUUUCUCUCUUGUGGUUCAAACGUAGCCUUCCCAGAUACUGUACUCAUUUUAUCGAGAUAUGCAUCAUGCUCUGUGCCGACCACGGUCCAUGUGUCUCUGGUGCUCACAACACCAUAGUGACUGCAAGAGCUGGAAAGGACCUAGUUUCCAGCCUUGUUUCAGGUUUGCUGACUAUCGGUCCUCGAUUUGGUGGUGCCAUUGAUGAUGCUGCUCGGUACUUUAAAGAUGCUUAUGACCGGGGCCUUACACCUUAUGAAUUUGUUGAAAGCAUGAAAAAGAAGGGUAUUCGUGUGCCAGGAAUUGGCCACAGGAUUAAGAGAGGGGACAACAGAGAUAAAAGAGUAGAGCUCCUCCAACGGUUUGCUCGCACACAUUUCCCGUCUGUAAAGUACAUGGAAUAUGCCGUUCAAGUUGAAACAUAUACGCUUUCCAAGGCUAACAACCUUGUCCUCAACGUUGAUGGUGCCAUUGGGUCUCUUUUCUUGGAUCUUCUUGCUGGAAGUGGAAUGUUCUCCAAGCAAGAGAUUGAUGAGAUAGUUGAGAUCGGCUACCUUAAUGGACUCUUUGUGUUAGCAAGAUCCAUUGGUUUGAUUGGGCACACAUUCGACCAAAAGAGAUUGAAGCAGCCACUAUACCGUCACCCAUGGGAGGAUGUUCUCUACACCAAGUGAGAGAGAGCCAUUCACGGCAGGUGCGUGCAACGGCGACCUGCUUUUCUUUUUUCUCGAGCAUUCUUGUUUUCGAAGUCAUUGGUGUCUGCAUUUUGGAGGGAGGGGGGUUAUUGGUUGUUUUGUUCUUCCAUUAGUGUUUGUAAUGUUAAUUGGUGUUGUAUUCAAAGAUUACGAGAUGAAAAAGAUUAAAAAAAAAAAAGUUUCUAAUCAUUUUUUAAACCAAAAUUGUAUCAGUUUCAUGGAAAAAUAAGAGAUGCCUGUCAGGUUUUGUAUGUGCAAAAGAAACAUACAUUGUAUGAGAAAUUAGGAUUCCUCCUUCUGAAUUAUUAAA